UUUCAGAAGUUGAGAGAAGAAAAAAAAAAGUUAGUUAGGUUAGUGAGAGGGCUGUGAUUUUCAAAGCGCAAGACAGUCACUACCAAUGUCUGCGUUAGAAGAGCCGUAAACCUUUAGUGAAGUCACACGAACAGCGCCUUUAAAGAGUUCAGACACGUUAUAAAAAGUUUAAAGGAUAAAGUUCAGUAGAUAUGCUUGUUUCCACAUAUAUUGGGGUGUUUUUGGGAAGAAGAAAAACACUGCGUUGCCUACUUUUUUUCGCAAGGCUUGGAUAAUUAAUAAAGUGGACGGACAGAAAACGGCUGUUUGGAUCUAAUUUUUCGGCGUUUUAUGGUUGCAGUCAACUUUCCUGUUUACACUAUUUCAGUCGGAUAGAAAGAAGAGUUCUAUUUCAUUUGGAGUCAUGGAUCCGAGUCAGCACAACCCUCCAGUCGGCCACCAGAUCGUCCAUGUUCGGGGAGACUCCGAGACCGAUCUGGAGGCUCUUUUUAACGCUGUGAUGAACCCGAAAAACACCAUCGUCCCCCCUUCCGUGCCGAUGAGGAUGAGAAAGCUGCCAGACUCAUUCUUCAAGCCGCCAGAGCCAAAGUCCCACUCCAGACAAGCCAGCACAGAUGCAGGUACUGCUGGCACCCUCACGCCCCAGCACGUCAGGGCACACUCCUCGCCGGCCUCCCUGCAGCUGGGUGCUGUUUCCCCAGGCACACUGAGCAGCAUGGGUCCUGCCCCACCUCAGCACCUCCGCCAGUCCUCGUACGAGAUACCCGAUGAUGUGCCGCUGCCCCCAGGGUGGGAGAUGGCCAAGACCCCUUCGGGACAGAGAUACUUCUUAAACCAUCAUGACCAGACGACCACCUGGCAGGACCCGCGCAAGGCCCUCCUUCAGAUGAACCAGGCCGCCCCGCCAAGCCCAGUGCCUGUCCAGCAACAGAACAUCAUGAACCCUGCCUCAGGACCUCUUCCUGAAGGCUGGGAGCAAGCUAUUACCUCAGAAGGAGAGAUCUACUACAUCAAUCACAAAAACAAAACCACCUCUUGGCUGGACCCACGACUCGACCCGCGUUACGCUAUGAACCAGCAGCGAAUUUCCCAGAGUGCUCCAGUGAAGCAAGGCUCCCAGUUGCCCUCCAGCCCGCAGAGUGGAGUAAUGGGUGGCAACAACCAGAUCAGACUGCAACAGAUCCAGAUGGAGAAAGAGAGACUGAGGAUCAAACAAGAGCUCCUUCGCCAGAGACCCCAGGAGCUCGCCCUGAGAAACCAGCUUCCAACCAGCAUGGAGCAGGAUGGCGGCACUCAAAACCCGGUGUCCUCGCCCGGCAUGGGCCAAGACGCCCGUAACAUGACCACCAACAGCUCUGACCCUUUCUUGAACAGUGGGACGUAUCACUCCCGGGACGAGAGCACAGACAGCGGCCUGAGCAUGAGCAGUUACAGCGUCCCUCGCACUCCGGACGACUUCCUCAACAGUGUGGACGAGAUGGAGACAGGCGACACCCUCGGCCCCAGCUCCAUGGCGACACAGCCCAGCCGUUUUCCCGACUACCUAGACGCCAUCCCGGGCACAGACGUGGACCUGGGCACCCUGGAGGGGGAGAGCAUGGCGGUGGAGGGCGAGGAGCUGAUGCCCAGUCUGCAGGAGGCCUUGAGCUCCGACAUACUCAAUGACAUGGAGUCUGUGCUGGCAGCGACCAAGAUCGACAAGGAGAACUUUCUAACCUGGCUAUAAGAGCGCAUGAAUACUACGCCUUCUCUUCCAACAUGCUGAACUGCUGCCUAAUCCAAUCUGUGAAGGAUGCGUAGAUGCUUUGAGUUGAGAAAAGACGAGACAUUUCACCCUCUUUGGACGGUUUUUCUCUUCCUAUCUUCCAUUCACUACGUUCGGCCGAAUUGGUUUUAAAAGCUGAGGUAUUUUAACCGUUGGUCCUUUUGUGCUUCGUGUCUUUUUUUUUUUUUUCAUGUCUGCAUCCUCAAGGCUGGCCCAUGAACAGACAAGUAUUCACACGUACCCGAUUCUCUUCCACGGCUGUACUGUACGAUCAGCGUGCGAGUAUGUGAAUUUGUGUUUCCCCUCAUGAACUCGUCGCUGGGCGAACAGGGCCGAUGGGCUCAAGUGUUCCUCGAGAGUGAGCGAUAAAACAACCUCUGUGACUCGAAACAUGCCUGAUCUCAGCUCAGCUACAAUUGACUGUUUUCUUUUUUGAGCCUGAGAAACCAAAAAGCGACGAGGAGGUCGUCUGUACGUGUUUUUUUUUUUUUUUCUUUCUUUCUUUUUUUCUUGAUGGGAUCGGGAUUGAAAGGUUUCAACGUGUGGCUUUGGUUAAACGAAUCCUGCUGCUUGGCUGUGCCAGCAAAUAUCACUCUAGAAACUGUGUAAUCAAGUGCCUUCAGACAAAACAAAUCCUGUCCUUUUUACACUAGAGAUCAUCGUUUUCAUUUACUUACUCGCUUCAUUAAUCAAAGUAUAUUACUUUCAAAGGUUUUAUAAGAAAAAAAAUAUUAUGUUGGGAUUUAGGGUUGAACUUUUCGGGGUUUUUUUGUGUCUUUCCUUAAAGUACCCUAGCCUCUUUGUGUGUUAGUUUUAUUUAAGCCUGAUUUUGUUUCUUGACGGUUAUGGCAUUCAUUUGUGAUCAAGCUCUCGUUUUAAUAGAUAUACAACAGAUUGACAGAUAAGACUUGACUAGAUCAACGUAAUCAAUCGUUUUGUUUUGUUAUCGAUAUCUCUUUUUAUCUUACGAUUUUAGUAUCUCAGUUGAUAUGUUCCUGCUUGCUUGUUUGUUUUAGUGAAAAUAUCUCAUCCAAACGCAAGGGAGAAAAUAUCAAGGGCACUUUGAUCGAUAGACAGACAUCUCUGAUAUGAGCUCCAGUAGAGUCUGUGCCAGUUAUGUUGACGCUGAGACGGAUGUCGGCGGUAAGUGGAAGGUUCUGAUAAGUUUAGAUGGCUAGAUGAGCAUGUCUUGAUGGUUAGUGCUGUAGAUUAGCUUGGAUUUGACUUGGUAACUGUGGAUAUGAAUGAUAGAGUAGACUUGGAAUCAAUCAGUUAUCGUUUUCUGUCAGGAUUUCUUCCACGAGGCUUCCAAAGACUUUCUUUUUCUCUUAAUGGAUGACAAAACAAAAUCUAUCAUGCUUUUAUGUACACGUUAAACAUAAGCUAAUGAGAAAAGGUCUAAUUGAUUAGUGAGGAGAUUUGGAACGAAGCGAGAUUUGACGGGCCCUGUUAUGACGCAUUAUUAGGCAGGUUACCUUGGUUUACAUUAUUUCACUAUAGAAAAACACUACAGGAAAUUUAUUGCGGAUUCUUUGCAUUCAGUAAUAUACUCCUCUUGUUUACAAUAUGGUUAUUUUUACACUACAUGACUAUAGCUCAAUAACUGGCCCGUACAUUAAAUGCGUUUUGUACUGGGUUUUUUUGGUGACAUUUUAUGAGUAUGAUAUUCCGUGGUCUGUUUGGGUGACACCGCUAUGGUAAACUCAAGUGCCUCGGUAAGCAAACAUUUUUAUGGUCAAAUUUUAUGAUCAAAAACAGCAAGCUAGGCCAUAGUUAUGAAUGUUAGAGGUGAGAAAAAGAGAAAAAUCUAUUUUUGCAAACAUAGUAUUGAUGGCAGACUCUAGUGGGGUAAAACAGUGUUGGAGAGAGCAAUGCAACAAAAUGUUUUAUGAAUUGUGGGUACAGUUAUGGUAUUGCACGUUUAUAGAGCAUUGACUAAAAUGUGUAUGUCACUUAAACAUGAUUUUAUGCUUGCUUAGUGUGCAACUGUUCAGAAUAUAUAGUAACUGUUUACUUUUUUUGUUUUGUAGUGGUAGUACUAAUCACACAAGUUAAUGGAUUGGUAUUUAGAUUUCUUUAAAUGCACCCAGAAUGAAUUUAUAUCCAUUUAUUAUGAUCUAAUGUUUUUUUUUUUUUUUUUUUGUUUUUUUUUGUUUUUUUAAAUCAAUGUAUGUGCAUGUACCUUAGAACCUUAAGUUCUGUUACAUUAUAUCUCUACAUAUUACUUUAAAAUUGGCCUGGAAUAAAGUAUAUACUUUGGUAGA